UAAAAUCCUUCUCUUUUUCUGCUAUUCUGCAAACAGUAUAAUACAGUAUGACUCAUAGCAACGUUUGGAACUCUCACCCCAAGUCCUACGGUAAAGGUUCUCGCCAAUGUCGUGUUUGUGCCCACCGUGCUGGUUUGAUCCGCAAGUACAACUUGAACAUCUGUCGUCAAUGUUUCCGUGAAUACGCCAAUGACAUUGGUUUCCACAAGUAUCGUUAAAUUUUGCUUUUGGGAAAAUAAAUUAGCAGUUUCCGUUCAAUAAACAAUUUAUGUCCCUUUCUUUUCAUAUUUUUUAUUUAACAAUGAAUAAAAAAGAAAAAAAAAGAAAAGAAAUUGGCCCAAUGAA